AUGCCAACUUACAAACUUACCUACUUUAACAUCCGUGCACGAGCGGAAGUCGCACGCUACCUAUUCGUUUUAGCUGAUGUUCCAUUUAUUGACGAACGAAUCUCCGAAGAAGAUUGGCCCACCUAUAAACAAACUGUGAAGAACCCUUUUCGCCGAUUGCCAGUUCUGGAAGUGGAUGGUAAAGUUUUUAUCGAAAGCAUUGCAAUUGAAAGCUAUUUAGCGUUGACUUUCGGAUUUCAUGGCAAGAAUAAUUGGGAGAAGUACAAGAUUGACAUGAUAACUUAUUCCGUCGACGAAAUGUUUACCAAAAUGUUUACAUCUCAAUUCGAGCCAGAUGAGGAAAAAAAGCGAAAUCUUCAAGAAGAUUAUUGCAAAUAUAAAUCAACAUGGCUGAAGGCUUUGGAAGCAGGCCUAGAAUCUGACUACUUGGUUGGCAACACGAUAACUUUGGCCGAUCUAGAAUUUUUCUGUAUUAGUGAAUAUUUAUUAGAACAAAAUCAAAGCCUGUUUGAGAACUGCCCUCGAUUGAAAAGUCUAUUCGAUCGAAUAGCAAAUAAUAAGAAAAUUGCUGAUUGGCUUAGUAAAAGGUCAAAAUCAGUAUGCUAG